AGAUCUCUCGCUUCCACUUCUUUCAACGACAACGUACUGCAUUGUUUGAUCUCCGAAGUUCUUUUUUCUUUUCUCUCUCUCUCUCUCUGCCCUCUGACGAAGCGGGCCUUGUCUUGAUUUCCAGAAACUUUCAUUCAAAGAAGAAAGCCAAAACAGGAAUAACUGCAGCAGCAGCAACAAUGCUGGCGUCGUCGUUGCGCGUCAACGAGCUGCUUCAAGCAGUGGUUCAGGGCAACCUGUCCGCCGUGAUGGAAUGCGUUUCUCCUGCCAAUGUAAACUACACCGAUCCGCAGUACCGACUGUCCUUGGUGAUGUGGGCUGUGUCGUUGGGUCGACUGCCCACCGUCGAGGUGCUGCUGAGCCGCGGGGCAUCGCUGUCGCAGCUGGACCGAUACGGCUUUUCGAUCCUGCACCGCGCGGUGUGGAGCGCGGACAUCCCUACAAUUCACAUGGUGCUCUUUCAAACCCCGCUGGCCACCUCGGCAAGUUCCAGCAGCCCCGCCGACAAGGACUGCGCGCAGAGGAGCUCGCGGGAUCUCACCUGGCGACCGGGGGCGCAGCGGUUGGUGAACACCGUCCACGCGCCGACGGGCCGCACGCCGGUGAUGCUGGCCGCCGUGCGCGGACACACCGGUGUCGUGCGUUUCCUGCUCGAGACGUGCGGGGCGGACCCGUUUCAAAGGGAUCACCUCGGCUUCGCCGCGAUCGACCUGGCGGCUCUGAGUGGGCACCUGCAAAUGGUGCGGCUGUUUUUGCAGCUGGCGGUGGCGCAGAACGGCGACGGCUGCGGUGACGGGGCGGCGUACGUCUUUCCCAGCACGCAACGCAGUGCGGAGGACUACUGCGAAGUUGCCCAGACCCUCCCGCAGCGGCAGCGCCUCUUUGCGCUGAAUAAAAUCUUGAAUGCCAAUUUGGCGGAAGCGUCGCGUGUGGCCGCCGCGUAA